AUGAACGAGCAGACAUACUCGGGGAUACUGAAUCUAUUUACAGCCGUAACAGUUUGCAUAAUUCUUAUGUACAUCAUCGUGUGGGUCAUCACAUACUAUCAAGGAGCCGAGCUGGAAGACGGUGUGUCUCCCCGUUGUGUGGACGGCGGCAUAAGUAAAUGA